UUUACUGUCAACCAAUUCGAAUAAUUUUACAAAUAUGGCUGAUACAGUGCUAUUUAUUUUAAUCCGCAUUUUGUUGCCAUUUACUUUAAUAAUUGUGUCAUUGGUGCGACCGGUUGGAAUAUCAUAUUUUUAUCUCAUCUUGUUUUUUGUGUCACCUUGGCUGCAUACCAAGAGCUUAAAGCAACAAGCUUUAUUAAACGUAUUUGUAAUAUGUCUAUGUGCUAUAGGUACACUAUGCCUAAUCGGCCACCUUUUAAUUAAUUUGAUAAAUUUAUUUUUUAUUGACUUAAGCUCUAAAAAGUCAAUUACGAGUAUCUUACGACAAAUUGGGUUCUUGUAUUUUAAAGGACUGAGUUUUGGCUCUAUUGCGCACUGGAUACUUCCUGAUAUUUUUGUUCUUCUGGAAACAAUCGUCUAUUUCAUUUAUUCUAAGGUAUACUAUAAAAGACAAAAGAAACUUUUUUUGGAUGAUAGCUAUGCUAUCAGUAAAGAAAGUAAGGAGCUAAGAGGUGCUUUGAAAAUUUCUGAAAUUAAUCGUCAGUUAAUCAUUGUGUAUAUUCAAUCCGUUUUAAAGACAUCACCUUUUUUUACUCUCAUUGUGAUUUACUUUGCUGCAACUUUAAGACCAUCAUUGCCCGGAAGCCUAUAUUUCUUAAUGUUCAUCAUAGCUGGCACUUAUUGGGCGCUUUAUCGCCAACUACACCGGGGAAUGUACUAUCCUCUAAUAUUUAUGAUUGUUGCACUUUUGGUACAUGUAACAUGUUUAUUUGCUUUUCAAUUGUCAGUCCUGCAACAAUCACAUAAUUAUAAUUCAAUAUGGACCAGGUUUAUGGGGAUGGAAGUCUUAAUUUAUCUUUUAAAUGAUAAUAAUAAUGGAAAAAUACUGGAGAUAAACAGUAAAUUGAAUUUUGACUCAUAUCUAAGCCCUAUUGCUUUAAUGUUGGCUUAUUUUGCAUCAACUCGAAACCUUAUAAACCGUUCACAAUAUGAGCUAAGGUCUAAUACAAUUCGUAUGAAUUUGGUACCCAAGCCCUAUGAUGAUAUUUAUGCAAAUUCUGAACCUCUUAAGGAGAAACAUGAAGAAAUUUUGGCUUACUCGGAAUCUUCAAUGCUGGAACAGUUUUUUUAUAUGGUUUUUGAUAUUACAUCAUUUAUCUAUAAGAAUAGCUAUAUUUUGCUAAAUGUUAUAAUGAUGAUUUGGUCAAUUGUUUAUCACAGUUGGUUGACUUUUGUAUUGUUAAUUUGGGCAAACAUUUUAUGGAUGAUACCAAAUCAACGUCGUUCAAUGAUGCGUUCCAGCUUUUUUGUUGUUUUGUAUGCCCAAAUUCUCCUUAUAACCCAAUACGUAUACGGCAUGAAUAUAUAUGAAAGCGAGUUGCCAACAAAAGUAACGAGCUGCGGAGUGAACCUCGAGCAAGUUGGAUUUGUUCACCCCCAAAACGAAGGCAGACAACCUUGGAUUCCUUUGACAGUGAAAACUGGAUUUUUAUUUGUUUUUUGGAUAACUUCACGACAGUAUUUUAAAGAGAAAGCUGAACAUCGAACACAAAGUGACCUUCUCCAACAAAUUUUUGGACCCCAUCACUUACGCUCAGAACAACUGCUUUUUGAAAGGUCCCGGGCUCCUCAGCUCAUUAUAUUUUUAUUUAAAAGUACAUCAAAUUUCAUUACGCGGAUUUGGAUGUGGUUGCUUAUAUUCUUAAUUUUCUUAUGUGCCAUGAUCGAUCGAACCAUGACAGGAUUUCGAAUAUGCUACAUGUCACUUUUUCUACUUUUUUUGAUGGUUUUCCAGAUGUCUUUGCAACUGUGGAUCAAGUUUCUCUACGGAUUCUGGAUGUUUUUGAUUUUUUAUGCAAUGACUAUUUUGACGGUUAUAUAUACAUAUCAAUUUGAUCAUUUUGAUUAUUAUUGGGAAACAUUUUUGAAAGUUCAACCAACACUGCAAAGCGAUAUAGGGUUACGGCGCUAUCAAACAAAGGAUCUAUUUUUACAUCUUCUUAUACCGACACUAACAGUUAUUUUCACUGUGGUUCAGCUCCACUAUUUUCACCGACGUUUCAUGGAGUCUGUACGACGUCCAAGACCUUAUGAACGGCAAAACCGUGGUACCCACUUGGCAUUUAUUGCGGAAGUUGAUACUCAAACAAAAGUUCUUUAUAUACAUAGGCAGUCAUGGAAAGUAUUCUUUUAUGUCGGGUUUAAAAAAUUACGUGCAAAAGGACGCAGAUUGUUUAGUCCAGGAAAACUUUUCACUUGGGGAUUUUUGGAAACUCAUAUGAUAAAGGCAGUUAUACUGGCUUGCUUUUAUUGUGCCAUUUCUGAAGUUUGUUUCUUAAAUAUAUUUUUGGUGGUUUUGUCUUUACUAAGCAUUUGCGUAAAUCGAUUUGUUAGGCGAUUUAUUUUUAGAGCUGUUACUUUUUGGAUUUCGGUAUUGGUGCUUAUGAAAAUGAUAUAUCAAAUAAAGUAUCUGGAUCAAAACAACUACAACUACAAAUGCAAAAACAUCACUGUUAAUUUUGCGGAGUGGAUGGGCUUACGAAAAACUGGAAAAGUGUUCGGAAUUCAUUUGCGCUACAUAUCGCCGUAUAUUGUUUAUAUGAUUGUAACGUCAUUGCAUGCAGUUGUAAAGCUUCGAGACCAUUUAAUAAGAUACUCGACUUAUAACCAAAAAGACAGGAAUGUUUUGUUUCCAGAUAUUACAAGACAGGAUGCGGAACGUGAUUUUCCAGGACUAUUAAAAUAUGUUUUUAAUUAUGGAUUUUUUAAAUUUGGAUUAGAAAUUACUCUAAUUGGACUUGUGUCAACCAUUGCUCAUAGACGCGAUAUUUUGGCAUUGACUUAUCUAAUAUGGCUUAUUUUAUUGUUGUGUCUUAACCGAGUACAAUGUGCACGAAUUUGGGAAAUUUUUCAAUUAUAUUUUGUUGUAUCUAUUUUUGUGCAAUAUAUGUAUCUAUUAAAUUUCCCUCCUAAUAUUUGCGAUGUAUCAAGAAAAGCGUCUUCGCUGUGGAUCAUUUUGGGGAAAAACAAGAAUUAUAAGUCAACUCUUAUGCUUGAUUAUAUACUUCUUUUGCUUAUUUCAAGACAGCGAAAGUCGUUUAGAGUGGAGAUGCGCCAUAUUAAAGAUUUAUCUUACCGCGGUGGCGAUAAUAUAAACGUUGUUAAUAAUAUAGCUAGGCUUGGGCAUGUCUUUUUCGAAAAUCCUACCCAUGAUUUCUGUUCUUAUGUUCGAAAUUACGCUGAUGUUUUCAAAACUGCCAUAUUUUGCAGUUUUUUUUGGAUCACUCUGGCUGUUGUAUUUCUGGGUGGCGUUUGCAGCAUGGAUAUUCUUUCCUUAGGCUAUAUAAUAUUUGCGUUGGUUUUCUUAUUACAGGGCUCUGAGGUAUACUUGCAAAACAUUCACUACAUUAUAUGCCGUUGGAACUGCCUGAUUGCUUUUAAUAUAUUUAAUAUCAUAGUAAAAUCUGUCAUUAUUGUACUCGAAGAUUCAGGAAUAAUUUAUAAGGAGUCCAUGUUAAGUGUGGCUUUUAAUGUUAUGCACCAAAGAGCAUCCUUUGAAGACGUACAUGUCACAAAAGUGUCAGAAAUAAAUGAGCUUAAAAAAAAACAUGAGAAAUAUAACUAUGGCCCAAACAAUAUAAUCUUAAACAAUACUUUAGUCUGGCAUGCGAUUAUAUUUUCUUUUGUUAUUUUUCAACGUAGAAUUUUUUGUUCAUAUUAUUUUUGUCAUGUUAUAAUGGAUACACAAGCAAAUACUAUUCUUGCUUCAAGGGGUGCUGCCGUGAUUGAUAAUUUGCAUUAUAAACAAAUUUAUGAUCGUCGCGAAUAUGAAAAAAAUGUACUGGAAAGCGUUAAAGAUAAGAUGGAACGGAUUCGUGCAAACAAUCAAAAGAACAUAAAACAAGUCAUUGAACUAGAUUCCUAUCAUCAAGAAACCCCUCUUAGUUCGAUUCAUGUUCACUAUAAGGCCGAUGAAGAAAAGAGGUUCAAAGAUUUGAGCUCGGCAUCUAUCAAUCAAGCCAAACUGUUACAAUUAAAGAACACAUAUUUGACACGGACGCCUGAACCAAGACGCCGGGACUUACGUCUUCACCCUCAUGCAGUCCGCACUGGUGACUACUAUAUGUUUGAAGAAUUUAACGAUGAUGACGAUAUGGAUGUGUAUGAAGAAUAUGAUUUCUUGGAAAAGGAAGAUUUGCGUGCUCGACAGAUGCGUCUAUCAUUAAGAUUCAAAUCAAAUAAAAUGGGAGAAUAUCAUAGAAGUAAAUCAUUCUUGCAUGAUGGAAGUUCGGACUCUGAUAACAAAGAUCUGGAUACACACCCCGUAAUUAAACUUACUGCAGAACUAAUUGUUUUACUCACAUUUAGAUUAAAUCGACUCUCAAGAAACUACCGGUUCGUACAUAAGGUGCUUUCCGCUGAAAAAAAAACAUUACAGGAAAUAAGUACUAUGAAUCGUCUUGGAUUGUCAAAUUCUGCGGCAAUGUUUAAGUUUUUAAAUCAGUCUUUAAGUAACAAACCGACAAGAGAAUCAGGAGCAAAUUCAGUCACACAAGAUGAAGAUUUUACUUCUCUUGACCAUAACGACUUUGUACAAAUGUUGAUUGCUUUAUGGUAUGCACUUAUUGCUAACACAGAGGCAAUAUGCUAUUUGGCAGUAUUUCUGAAUCAAGCGGCUAAUUCAUCUAUGAUUUCGUUGCCAAUGCCCUUUUUAGUUCUUUGCUGGGGUUCUUUAACAUUGCCAAGACCAACUAAAACUUUUUGGGUGACUUUAAUUACAUAUUCAUUGGCAAUGAUAUUUUUAAAGUCCAUAAUGCACCAGAGAAUAUUACUUGAUCAACAGUUCGUAAGCAGAUCAAAUACAUUGAGCUUUGAACUAAUUAUGAAGCAUGGUAAAGCUGUUUACGAUCUUUUCCUGCUUGUUGUAUUAUUUUGGCACAGAUAUAUGCUAAAAAAGCAAGGUAUUUGGACAAUUCAACGUACUAACUCAGAGCUCCUAUUACUGGAAAAAAAUCAGAGCAGCCUUCAGCGCAGUGAUAGGAAAGAGCGACCAGAGGAUAUACGUGAGCUUUUAAGGGAGGAGGCAGGUGCCAAACAAAGUACAGGAUCUCGUGACAGUUCAGGAAAAUUUAGAAGAGAGAUAGAUGAUAUGCUCCGCCCAGGCAUAGAAAACAAAUAUGUGUAUCAAAACAUUGAAUCGGAAUAUUAUCGCAGAGCAAUGCAGCGUUUAGCGCAUAAAGGUGGACUGUUUUCCGGAUUCCAUAAAUUUUUUUUAACUUUGAGACACAAGGCACGGUUGUCUACUGAUGUUUAUACCUUAUUAUUCCUAUGCGAUUUUAUAAACUUUUUCGUAUUACUCUUUGGAUUUCCCAAAUUUGUGUUCCGUUACAAAUAUAGCACAAGCGUACUGGAAACAUAUAUUCAGGGAAACAAAGUUCCAUUUAGCUUUCUUCUAAUGUUGAUUGUGCAGUUUAUUACUAUUGUAACAGAACGGGCCAUUUAUCUUCGAAAAGCACUCAUAUACAAAAUAGUGUUUCACUUUAUCACUGUUGUUGGAAUUCAUAUUUGGAUGUUCUUCCUCGUACCGUAUGUGACCGGGCACAGUUUCGGUGAAACCGCCCCUGUUUUAUUUUAUUUAAUAAAAUGCCUUCAUAUGUUACUAUCUGCAUACCAAAUAAGAUGUGGUUACCCAAAGAGAAUAUUAGGAAAUGUAUUCACAAAAGGAUAUUCAUUAGUUAAUUAUAUCGCUUUUAAAAUCUAUAUGGAAAUUCCAUUUUUGUAUAUUCUCCGAACCAUGUUAGACUGGGUAUGCAUAGACACAACUCUGACAGUAAUGGAAUGGAUCAAGAUGGAAGACAUUUUCCAGUCGGUAUUUAUUGUUCGUUGCUAUAGACAAAUGGAUACAGAUUUUCCGGUUCUCCGCGGUGAACCGAAGGCGUUGUAUGCCAAGCUCUUAAUCGGUGGUACAAUAAUAUUAGUUCUCAUAGCCCUAAUUUGGAGUCCAUUGUUCCUAUUUGCACUGGUUGGAACAGUGGGUAAGCCUAAUAUACCCCGAAAAGCUGACAUAGUUGUUAAAAUAAGUCAUUAUGAGCCAUUUUACGUGUCUCAAACCUAUUCCGGCAUACAUACAUUUUCAGAUGCAGAUUUCCAAGAGUUAAAUAACCGUAUAAUUAUGGAUAAUAAUAUGAUUGUCUAUGAUGCUGUUGAUAUUACCGCCAUAAAAUUCUAUGAAAACUCAAUAACUUUAUGGAAUAUGUCACCACCUGAUAAACUACGAUUACUAUAUGAUCUAAAAAGUGGUAAACCAUUGCAAAUCCAUCUAACCCUUUCAUUAAAGUGUAAUCUGACACCAGAAGCUGUUAUAUAUGAAACUACAUAUACAUUAACUAAUAACAAAGUUAAUACCAGAGAAAAGCUAAUUAGAAUUAUGUCUUCAAGUUAUAGCAAUGAAAAAGUAAUUAUACCAAACAUUUUGCCCAAGUUUAUUACAGUCCAAAAGCAACAAGCGAAUGCAAAAUUUAUUAAGGACUAUGAUGGAAAAUUUACCCGUCCAGUAAUUUUGAAAAAGAAUAAAGCUGAUAACAAGGAAUGGUGGGAAAUGUAUGAUUAUUGCGAUGAUAGCUUUUAUACGGAUAUUCUCUCUGCACUACCGCAAAGUAACUGUAAAAAAGGAGUCGUUCUUUACAUAUUUAAUGAUAAAUCUUUCCCGUCUGCUAUGAGCUUUUUAGAAAAAACUGGGAUUAUAGGACUUUAUACAACAUUUGUAUAUGUAGUCUCGAGGGUUAUUCGAUCUCUUAUUGCAAACAAUCACAGGCGGAUUAUGUUUGAAGAUUUGCCGUACGUCGAUCGAGUCUUGAGGUUGUGCAACGAUAUAUAUUUAGUUCGUGAAACCCAUGAGUAUCGGCUUGAAGAAGAUUUAUAUGGAAAGUUAAUAUUUCUAUAUAGAUCACCAGAAACACUUAUUAAAUGGACCCGAUUUAAGGAAGAUUUUUCGGAUACUUUAUCGAGUUCACAACUUAGUAUCGGACGAACUCAAGCUGCACCAUAGAA